AAGUAUACUCUCGACUAGGCUACUGAGGAAUUAUUAAUUAGUAGCUAUGACUACUUGACUCUACAUUAGUGAUUCAGACAAGUUUGAAGUCUUCAUCAUCACCCCCGGUUCCCCACGUUUACGCUUCCACCCACCGCACAUGUAUUCCUAUCUACUUGUUACAGUUCCAGCGGGGACAGAAUGUGGCUAUCGUCGAAAGGGGCCGAGCGACGACGACUCUCCUGCGAAACUUCUUGAAGUCUUUCCAAACUGUGGAUUUCUUUCCCUCUGCUUCCGAGGGAACGCAAAACUAAACCUGUCGGAUUAACGCUCUCAUAAGGAAUAACUCGUUUUCUCGUUAAACGUGGCAGACUGCAGCUCGUGUCCCCAUGCCCUGCCCUGUGAGUGCUGCUUGGCCUGCUGAGCCCAUAGGUGCUGGUGUGUCUAUACUUGGCUGCAGCUGAAGCAGGGCGACAGCGACUGUGUGGUGGUGGUGUCAGUGCCUGUGGUGGUGGAGGCGGGUCGUCAGAGGGCCCAGAGCCCUGGAAGCAGGCGGGGGGGCCUGUCCUGUCCCAGCCACACGAAGAUGAACAAACUGAACUUUCACAACAACAAAACCAUGCAGGACCGCCGCUGUGUCUGUGUCUUUCUCCCCAACGAUGACACACUCAAUGUCAUAGUCAAUGUGAAGACUUUGUGCCAGGAACUGUUGGUCCAGGUGUGUGACCUCCUGAGGCUGAAAGACUGUCACCUGUUUGGACUCAGCGUUAUACAGAAUAAUGAACACAUCUAUAUGGAGCUGGAUCAGAAACUGUCCAAAUACUGCCCCAAAGAAUGGAAGAGAGAAGCCAGCAAGGGAAUCGACCAGUUUGGCCCUCCAAUGAUCAUUCACUUCAGAGCUCAGUAUUAUGUGGAGAAUGGGAGACUGAUCAGUGACCGGGCAGCCAGGUACUACUACUACUGGCACCUGAGGAAACAGGUGCUGCUCUCUCAGUGUAUCCAAAGGGAGGAGGCCUACUUCCUCCUGGCAGCCUUCGCCCUACAGGCCGACCUCGGCAACUUCAAACGCAACAAGCACUUUGGGAAGUACUUUGAACCUGAAGCCUACUUCCCCCCGUGGGUGAUAGCCAAGCGCGGCCGCGAGUACAUCCUGAGGCACAUCCCGAACAUGCACAAAGACCAGUUUGCUCUAACUGCUUCAGAGGCACACCUCAAAUACAUUAAGGAGAGUGCUCAGCUUGAUGACGUCACUGUCCACUACUACAGACUCUACAAGGACAAGAAGGAAGUAGAGGCAUCUCUUACAUUGGGCCUGACUUUACGUGGAAUUCAAAUAUUCCAGAACGUCGGAUCUGUGAGGCAGCUGUUGUACGACUUCCCUUGGACCAACGUGGGGAAACUGGUAUUUGUGGGGAAGAAGUUUGAAAUCCUUCCCGAUGGUCUCCCCUCGGCCCGUAAACUCAUCUACUACACAGGUUGUCCGAUGCGUUCUCGCCACCUCCUGCAGCUGCUCAGUAACAGCCACCGGCUCUACAUGAACCUGCAGCCUGUUCUCAAACAAGUCCGUCGACUGGAAGAAAACGAAGAGAAGAAGCAGUACAGGGAGUCGUACAUCAGCGAUGCUCUUGAACUGGAUAUGGAGCAGCUGGACAAACGUUCCCGGGCCAGCGGCAGCAGCGCAGGGAGCAUGUCUCAUCACAAACGCCUGUCUCGCCACUCCACAACCAGCCACGGCAGCUCACACACCUCCGGCAUUGAGACGGACAGCUUCAGGGCCCCGGGUCAGGCCCCACACAGGCCCCUGCGAACCUGCAGCUCAUCCACAACCAGCCACGGGAGCUCACACACCUCCGGCAUCGAAAGCAGCGGCAAGGAGCGCAUACUAGAUGAUGACGAGAUUGAGAUGCUGGUGGACGACCCCAAAGAUUAUGAAGAGCUACACGAGAUGGCUCUGGACCAGGAGCUGUGUAUCCACAUCACUGAGGACAUGUUGACAAUGUCCCCGGAUCAGUCCAACGGAUACUCUGGACUAAUAGUGAAAGAUGUCAGCUCCUCCACUUCCAGCUCCUCCGAGACCGUUGUCAAAAUGAGAGGACAGAGCAUCGAAUCUCUGCCACAGACAUCUGCAUGCAGGAAGCCUGAGUCUUCGACCGACCGACACAGCCAGUCUCUUGAUGACAUCCGGCUCUACCAGAAGGACUGCCUUCAGUGGGCGGAGCUCUGCCAGGACACGGCCCACAGCUACACGUUCGGCUGCGCCCAGGAGCUGAGCGACAGCGGCGGCUACCAGGGCCUGGCCGAUCAGCGCGCCGGCAUGCUCGGCGAGCAGCAACCCUUCCCCAUCAAGAGAACCAACAAGUACUUCUCCCUGGACCUGACAAGUGAUGAGGUCCCAGAGUUUGUGGUGUGACGGAGAGGGAAACAAGGCGGCCUCAGGGUGACCUUCUCACUCCCCCGUGUCAGAUUUGGAGAUGUUUCAGCCCUCAGGGAACAAGACAGGAGAAGAGUGUUGAAGAGGUGGUUUCUAUUCUUGACAGCAAACGGAAGAGAUGAGUAAACUGGCAACAAGUUGGCUGCGUCUUCAGUUACCACUUGAGACAUAUAACACGUAAUAAAUGAACAAAUAAGGAGGAUUUUGGCUGAAAUGGGAAUCUUUAGAAUGAACACUGGGCUCAAGAGAACCUGUGUCUUUACAAUAUAACCCAAGCUGCCCCCCAUGUGUGAAAGGAAACAAAAGGGAUCGUAUCAUCUUCUUUAAAAAAGAAAACAACAAAAAAAAACAUUUUUAUUCAAAUCUGUCUCCUCCAAACUGGUUUUAAGAUCCUCACGUUGUGUUUGCCUGCUUUAUAAAGUCAUAAAAAGACCGUGCAUGCAUGCAGGAAGGCUUCCAGCAGACAGACUCACGCACAGACAUAUGACGAACAUAUCGAAGAUUUUGUGUGGAGGACACAAAAGACAAAAUCACUCUGAGCUACGAACCAAAGACAAGAAAUGACAGGUGUUCCUACGUCCCCGUUAUUCUCGCAGUGUCCAGCCAUGGCGAAAACAUUUCAGUCAUGGUGUGAGGGAAGAUGGACCCAUAAUCCUUUGAGCAGGAGCAGCCAUGGCUCCUUCUUUUUCUCUUCUUCCACGCCACUUCAUUUUACCUCAACAGGAAGUGCAGUGUGCCAACCCCCCCCCCCCCAAAAAAGGAUUUUUAAUCACGUGAAGACACACCCGACGUGCCUUCAUCAGACUAUUCAGGUGUCAAACCCUCGCCUUGACAAUCACACACCCUCACCUUAGUCGUUUCUAAAGACCCAAGCCAUCAGAAUUCAAAGCUUUACUUUAUUUCAAAACAUUGUAAACACAUGUUGUUAGCAGAUCAAGCUAGUUUUUCAGCAUCUUAAAUAACAAAACAUCCUGAUUCCAAACGGAUUCAUGUCCUGUGAUAUCCGACCGAGUUCCCUGGAAGGAAUGAGGUCAAGUUAGUUCCUGCAUGUCCUGACUCGCGUUACGUUUGUGGCCACGAAUGCUUCCCCAUUAUGUAGACUCAAAAUGGAGCCCGGGCUGGCUGUCGGCUAAAACAACCUGCACAUUUUGAUGCAUACCUAUAUGUCUUCCUCUGAUUCUUGUUGGCUCUCAUCUGUCUUCUGUUUCAUUUCCUCCAUCAUUUUAAACUGGAAUUUGUUACAUUUUUUAUUUCUCAUCCUCUCAUUUUACCUGAAAUCUCUUUACAUAUUGUAUUUUUGUAUUAAUUGCCCAGACUUGUACAUGUUGAACAGUUAUUUUGCGCUUGGUUGAUGUCAUUCAGUAUUACCAUCAAAUGUAUGUGACAGUAUUAAGGACGUGUGAGGUUUGAGGCUCUGAACAAGAAAGACCUGUUUUGAUUAUUUUUAUCUCACAGUAAGAUUCAAGAGAACUGUAGCCUGUGGUAGCUGACAGGAUGUGUCACAAGCUCCUAUUACUCUUAAAUCACAUCAGAAAUUUCACAACACACACAACUGGUUUGAAUGAGAACGCGAGGUUGUUGCAGGUUAAAAAAAACAAACAGGAUGUUUUUGCUCGUAAAUCAUGCAGCUCAGAGUCAAAGUUACUCGCAGUUACAGCUUUAAAAUUUUCUGUUCUUGUCUCAUUUAAAUAAGUGUUGUUGCUUUUUUAAGAUACAGCCAUAAUAUUUUUAAGUUCUGGGUGGUGAGAACACUAAGAUUUAUUUUAAACACUGUUUUACUCAUAAUUGAAUUUGGUGGAAAACACUGCACCAUAACCUUUAUCCUGACAACAAAAUUACAUUUUGAUUUGACAAUGAACUCUUAAGAUUAUGAAGUUUAAUAUACAACGGUCCAAGUGGGUGAAGUGAUCCUUUUAAGUUACUGAAAAUCACUCAUUGAAAAAGACCCGAGUCUGCUGACAUUAAAGGAAUAGUAUGACAUUUUGGGAAAUAUGUAAAACCACUCUUGUGUCUAUAUGCUAAAUAUGAAGCUACAGCCUUUUUACCUUUGGACAGAACCAGGCUAGCUGUUUCCUCAUGUUUCCAGUCUUUAUGCUAAGCUAAGCUAACAGCCGCUGGCGGUAGCUUCAUUUUUACUGUACAGACAUGAGAGUGGUGUCAACCUUCUCAUCUAGCUCCUAGGAGGAAGGCGAAUAGGCAAGUGUCAAACGAUUUUUAAAAUGUCAUUCAGCAAACAGACACAACGAAUGAGGUGAUAAAUGUACAGUCAGACUUUGGCUACUUUUAUUAACGCGCCAGUUAUGUAGCUGAGCCCAACUGUAUGAUGUGUACUUUUGUCUGUGUGCAGCCCAAGAGCUGUUAGCUGUAAGUCUCCAAACUCAUACAAAAUGUAAUUCAUUUUUUUCUGAGUCAUCCCGGGUCAGCAAUACAGCUUCUGAACAAGUUUUUUUAGUUAUUACAUAACUAAAUAAAUAAAUACAUGAAUUUGAUACUGUUACGUAAUUAAACAACUAUUUCUUACAGUUUGUUUCUUUCACCAUUUUAAACUUAUAACUAUUUCUACUCAUAAAAAGGUAAAUGUCUUAAGUCAUAUUUUGAUGGACAACGAUGUUUCUUAUAUUAAAUGAGUAUGUGUUGAGGUACAUAGCCAUACAGUCAUAACCCAUGUCCUUAAAGUCUUCAUAACUUGUUCCAACUUCUCUCUCUGACUUCAAUAUAUGGUCAUACUUACACUUUGUAAGAGUCUGUAUGUCUGUGUCCAUAAUCCUUUCUGUGAAAGGAUCUCCCUUCAGGAAAAAAUGAAAGAUUUUUUUUUUUUUUUUUGUCACCAUGUAGUUAAAAAAAUGAUUAGUUAUUAUGAAGUCUGGUCCGUGCCUUCUUGGUACUAAUGCCCUCAAUAUCCAAUAAAUAGGUACAUUUAUCUACCAAAGUUCUGUUGUUUUCUGGUGUUUUCUUCUGUUUUGUGGUGUUUGUGGUGCCAAGUUGCAGUU